AGGUUGUGUAUUCUUCCUGUGCCUGGGGAUCUUUUAUAUGUUUCGCCCAAACAUCUCCUUUGUGGCCCCUCUGCAAGAGAAGGUGGUCUUUGGAUUAUUUUUCUUGGGAGCCAUUCUCUGCCUUUCUUUUUCAUGGCUCUUCCAUACAGUCUACUGCCACUCAGAAGGGGUUUCCCGGCUCUUCUCUAAACUGGAUUACUCUGGUAUUGCUCUUCUGAUAAUGGGAAGUUUUGUUCCUUGGCUUUAUUAUUCUUUCUACUGUAAUCCGCAACCUUGCUUCAUCUACUUGAUUGUCAUCUGUGUGCUGGGCAUUGCAGCCAUUAUAGUCUCCCAGUGGGACAUGUUUGCCACUCCUCAGUAUCGGGGAGUAAGAGCAGGAGUGUUUUUGGGCCUAGGCCUGAGUGGAAUCAUUCCCACCUUGCACUAUGUCAUCUCGGAGGGAUUCCUGAAGGCUGCCACCAUAGGGCAGAUUGGCUGGUUGCUGUUGAUGGCCAGCCUCUACAUCACGGGGGCGGCCCUGUAUGCCGCCCGCAUCCCUGAACGCUUCUUUCCUGGCAAAUGUGACAUCUGGUUUCACUCUCAUCAGCUGUUUCAUAUCUUUGUGGUUGCUGGAGCUUUUGUUCACUUCCAUGGUGUCUCAAACCUGCAGGAGUUCCGUUUCAUGAUCGGCGGGGGCUGCAGCGAGGAGGAUGCACUGUGACACCUACCAGGAGCCAGGGACUUGACCCGAGUCUGGGCCUGCAGCACCUGCGGGCCUCCCUGCCGGCCACUCAUGCCAGUACCAGAGGAGCCCCCAAACUUGGACAGCCUCUUGGGCUUUGUGACAGCCCAGGGGCUCCACGUGGUACACGACUGAGAAGAGAAAAACAAAAUAAAUCAUACCUCAAAGGAUGGAGUGCAUCGAUAUGGAGAAAAGGAGAAAUGGCCCAAAGCCUGACUUACUCUUGGGAUCUCCAGAUUGAGGGCUCUGCAAGACCCUUGGCAAACUGGCUUCUGAUCCGUAUGAUAUUUAUUUGUAGAAGAUGGGGAAACAGUUUAGCUGACGGUUCUUUCUUCUCCCUUUCUCUCUCCCUAAAACAAUAAUACAAACCAAUUUAGGUGAACAUUUAUAUCCAAUUAAUGGGUGGGAGUGUGAUUUUAGAUGCUCUUUUGGGAGAACAAAGAAAUUGAUGUACAUAAGAUUUCUAACUUACUGUUUAAAUAAGAAUUUAUAUAAAUGUUUAAAACAUAGGGGUAGGGGAGGGAGGGAGAAUUUUUGUAUAGAAUGAAACAUGCAAGUACCAUACACUGUUUCAAUUUUGCACAAAGUGACUGUAGGAGGAUCAGGUGAUGGCCCGAAUGUACAGUAUCUGGUACAUCAAGGUGCCUUCUAAAGGCUGACAUACCUUGGACCCAAGUGGGGUGAAGAGUAGAGCCCAGCCCAGUGAUCACAUGACCACUCUCAAGCCUUUGGGAGUCCUGAGGAAAAUGGUGUAUUUUUUCCCAGUGGAAACAGAACAUGACUGGCUGGCAGGAUGUGUUAGAUAAAGGCUCUGGUUAAGGUGUCAUCUGAGAGACUGACUUGUAGGCUGACAGUGACCCUCUCUAAGGAGUAGAGCCACCUGCUUCUACCAUCCAUGCUGGUAAAGGGGUGGUGCAGACAGUGAAGGAGCUCCGGAAACGUUAGCGUGGGCUGAUCUGGCGAUUUCCUGGCAUUGUGCUCAAGUUUGUGGCUAAUUCUCAUUAGUGAAGUGUGACAGUUUUCCAUACCCUUGCUAUGGAUCUCUGGAACACCCUGUAAAUUUUCUCUGUUCCCUGCCCAAGUGCCCUUCCUUCUGGGAAUAAAAAUUGACCUCUCCCUGGCAUCUUAAUUCCUGGCAUGGAGCCAGCCACAAAUGAGAUUCCAGCUUGUCCACGUGUCUCCUCUUUUGACGUAAGUUGAGUGAACCCUUCUUUGGGAUUAGGAAGGAUGAGUCUCACCUCUGGGACACUGUCUUGGUAAGCGUGGGUGUGACAGACACCUCAGCUCUCUUUGAACAAGAAACCCAGUGGAACUCUUGGAAAGCGGAGUCCAGUGCCCACUGCGGAGCUGGCAGCUGUCGCCGAGCCCCACUUUGCAGGGAUGGUGUGUUAGGAAGCGUAGGAGGAAAUGGUAUGUUAUUGCCAGAGAGUCUGGUAGAGUCCUUAAGGCUGUGUCUUUGAAUUGCUACUAGAAGUACAAAAUGGUUGCUCACGUUCCAGGGCCCCUUGCUGUGGUGUCAGGGAGAGCGGUGGAGGAAGGAUCUGGUUCGUAGAAUCCUAUUCUUGGCUUAUAGGUGAACCACCUUUGGCACUUGAGUCUUCGGUUACCAUCAUCAAAGACUUGGGGUGACUCUGUCACAUCCUGGGGAUUGUGGGUAUUGGAACUAAACAUUGAGGCUCUUUCUUGGCUGGGGGCUGGCAUCCUCAGUGGGUGUUUGGGAAUAUGGGAAGGGUCUCCUGUUUAUGCAGUAGAGUUUUCUUAGUCAUUUUUCUCCUUUCUUUCUCCUUUUAAUCUCCAGCAAAAGCUGGGAUCCAGGAAGAAGGACUCCAAUGUAGAAGGUGGGGAGAACUUAAGAGUAUUUUGGUUCUGGAUAAGGUCACUGCCCUGGGUGCUCGGUGGUCUGAGAAGAGACUGAGCGGGUAAACUGGGGCAGUGCCUGACGAAAUAAAGAGCAGUGUUAAUCCCUUUGAGAAAGUGUGGUCCGGCAGGACAGUGGCCGUCUAGACGGAAGCUCACUUGGUUUCACGGGAGCAACAGCACAUAUCAGAAGCCAGACUUGCUCUUCGGCCAUGCACUUUGGGACGCAGGGUGUGAGAUGCAGCCCUGUGGUAACACCAACAGAAGUAGCAGUCUCUGGGCCCAGUCACCCACACCCCAAAGCAGGAAGAAUCUGGUUCAACAUAGCACAAACCCCUCGGAAAAAUGAAAUUACCAUCACCAAUGUGGAAUCCAGUAAAAAUCUCCCUCUUUCGGGUGUGUAUGUGGGUAUGUGUGUGCCCGUUUGUGUGUGUGUGUCUGUGUGCAGCUCAUGACCAACAGCCUCCGUGUGCACUUGACCUUACAGUGCUCGCUGAGAACUCUCACCAGGUUGGCGCCUGAAUGCCUUACUCUCAGCAGUCAGAGGCUUGCUUGCUCUGUGCAGAUUUUUAAUUUUCUUUUUUGGCCCUAGGCUUGUUAGGACCUCUACAGCUUCAUUCUUUCAUCAUUAAAUAGUGGCCUUUUCAAUAUUUUCCCCCUUCCCCUUUAUAAAUUGCUGAAGCCACAAAGCACAUUUUUUGGGGAUCAUAGAAGGUUGGGGUUCCAGAAAGGCAUCUGUGUAAUGGUUCAUUCACCGUGGGAUUUCCCUACUUGCUGUAUUCUCAAUUUCUUCUAAUAAAAAGAACCAAAUGAAAAAUG